CUUUGCCUUGUUCGCUCCCUUUCCCCUUCCCUUCCCCCUCCGAGCUGCUGCUUCUGCUGCUGUUGUUGCUCGUCUCUGCCUGCCCUUCAACUAUUCAAUCCGACGUCACAUGAUUGCCAAUGAGUUUGCUUAGGCAGAAGCUGAACGUCUCGCAGGCUUCAGUUGUGCUGGAGUAUAGCAGACUGUAGAACUCAGUUUCAAAAGGUGCUGCCUGUACUGUCGACGCAGUUUUCUAGAUUGGCGGAUUUACUAAAUUAGAAUGUUGUGGGGGAACGGUAUAAUUGCAUUGCAACUACGAGGUAUUCGUUAAUCUGUAGGUUUUCAAGUGGUGCAAGAGUAAACUUGUGUUCAAUUGAUACAAAUACGAAGAUUUCGUGGAAUUUUAAGGCAAGAGUGCCGAGAGAUGCAGGACAUUCUGAGAUGCGAUCUGUGUAGAUAGAGAUGGCAAGUGCGUUCAGAUUUCUCGUCUGCAUUUACUCUACCGAAUUGGGUUACAGGUGUACGUGUCUAGUAGAUUUCUCAGGACCAGCUGGUUGAAACACAUGACCUUCACAGUUUUCAGAAAGCUGGACGAAUCAGGUUGAGAAGAGUUUUCGGGGCGCAUGGAGGACAUUAGUUAUUAGAUUGAGGUGGGUGAUGGUGGAGGAAGUGCAGAUGUCCGAAGGGAGAUUCUUUGGUGAACGCAACCAUGAAAUGGUUUGAUCGCUUAAAAGAGAAAGUUCACUCUGCACAAUUACCACUAUCUCCACGAGCAAGCCGUGCUCACCCUGAAGAUGGCGAAAGCCCUCGUUUCAGGGAUACAAAUGAGUCAGAGCAGGACUUUCAGAGAGCUUGGGAAGACUUUCGCUCCGCAACCGAGGAGGAAAAAGAAAAAGCUAUGGAGAAAGUCCUUGGUCUUUUCUGCAAAAUCUCCCGGCGCACUGGCAAUCCUGCCAGACUUGCUCAGACGCUUGUUGACAAUCGUCGAGGAUUCGCAUUUGCGAUUGCAAGAGCACUUGUUACAGAUAUUGAGAGGCUGCGGAAGGCUAGCCCCAAUGGACAGUUGCAGCCAAAUGAUAUCCUGAAUUAUUUUACUGGAGUCUCACAUGAAGGCUCAAGUAUGGGUGGCAACCUGCUCUUUGCCCUUGAAGGUCUUGUUGUACCGCCAUUGGAUGUCCAGCCACUACUUGACGCUGGCCUGCUUUCAUCUCUAGUUACGGUCCUAUACCGCCUCCUUUGUUCUGCUGACUCCGCUAGUUCAAGUAUGGAUAACUCGAGAUCCACCGAUGACAGUGGAGACGAGAGGAAGCGAAUUAUGGUGGAAGGAGGCGUCGUCCACAUAAUGAAGGCAUUGGCACGGCAUCCUGGGGCGGCACAAACAUUGGCUGAAUGCGACAGAUUACAGUUUAUGUUCCAUAUGGUUGUCAUGGGGGGGACAACGCCCCUGUCAGCUCAGUUUCAAAAGAUGGAUGCUAGUUCGGCACCGCCUGUCCACUUGGCACAGCUUUAUCGUCAUGUCUUACAGAUUUUGGAGUUGUUACUUGCCAGCGACAAUGGAGCCACUGCUCAGUACAUUCAAAAUCAAGAGUUGGUUGAAGAACUCUUGACUCCAAUCCUUUCCUUUGUGGAAAACACUGGUGAUGCCAGCUAUGCAGUAUCUGUUGUUUCCCUCAUCAAGAAUGCAGUUCAGCUGUCUUCUCGUCCUGAGGCGGGGGGUAUAUCUUUGAUAAACAAUCUCUGGAAAGAGCGUGACUAUGAUCUUUUUUUACGAUUAGCUUUAAAACUUUCAGAAUCGGGAUCUGAUCUACCUAAAGGAAGCCCAGAUAUUGACUCUGUACCACCACAGUUGAUGCGGUUGUUGGACAUCAUAGGGGAGUUGGCCCUAAUUGGGACCAGGACCAGCAGUGUUCACUCUGGUAGCGGAAUUUCAGGAAAAGGUGGAAAGCCUCCCCCAGGUGGUCAGAUGAAUUCAAAAUCUGACAGCAGUGGAUCUGUUGAAUUGUCCCUCGAUAGAAAACUUCGAGACUCCAACUCUGUUCUGGUUUUCAAAAAUUUAUUUUUGAAGACAGAGUCAGUUGCUCUGCGACUUGAGCUGUUGGAUCGUCUUCUUCGUCUCUUCGCUGAAAAUCCAGACAAUUAUGCCUUUGUUCAGAAUCUACAAAUAAUGAGUUUAUUUAUUCAGAACAUGGGAGGCUACCCACCUCUAUUACAGGAACGCGUGUUAAAGGUUCUAGAGGUUGCGGUUGUCAGUGCCAACUGUGUUCCGGAGAAGGAGUUGCUUUCCCUAUGUCUCUUGAUUCAGCAACCGUUGGCAUCGUCACUCAGGACAUCUGUGUUGACAUUAUUCGAGAAGCUUCUCUCCUUUGACAGGCAAUAUAAAAAGGUGCUUCGCGAAGUUGGAGUAGUGGAUUUACUUGUGGACGAUCUGAAGAAAUGUGAACCACCUGUCACCUCUGUUAAGACAAGUUUUAGGAGUAGAGCAAACCCUCUUCGAGCCAACAGUUUGAGUGUGCUUGCGCUUGAGCGGGAUAAUUCGUCACCUCGCAACCAACAUAUCUUUGAAGAUGGAUCUACAACCGGAUUAGCAUGGAGUUGUUUGAUAUCCCUAUUAAGGAAAAGUGAGGGGAAUCAAAUGGUAUUUCGGAAGGCGAAUGGGGUUGCAGCUGCGCUUCCACUACUGGCUGCCCCCAAACAUCGGUCUAAUGUGCUAAAGCUGAUGCAUUGUCUUAUAAGCGAAGACACGAGCCAGGCGCAUAGUGAAGAGUUGAAAUGUCUUAUCGAAGUGAUUCACACAAGCUCUGUCCAGAGCUUAGAAGGAAGGCAAUGGCGGAUAGAGCUGGAAACCAAAGAGGAUAUUUUGUGGAUGAUGUGGAAGGUUAUUGUUGCAAAACCUGCAUUGAAAAUUGUCUUUGGAGUUGCACGCGGAUUUAUGCUUCUCCUUUCAGUCCUUGAGAGCAUUCAAAUCGAUGAUCAUUCUGGGACAACAAGCCUGUUGUUUGGUCUUGAUGAAUCAGAAGUUGACUCUUGUGACGGCACAAUCUCUCUUUCCGGGUUAAAAUUGCGCAUGGACCUUUUUAGUGCUCUUGUGCAUGUUGUGGUUGCAGCCGUCGUCGAUACUCCAGCGAACCGAAAUCUUUUGCAUGAGUGUCUCAUGUCGCAAAAUUUCAAGCGCCUUCUUCGCUGCUCAGGGUUGGUCUGUGAGGAAUUUGGGGAAAAAAUUGCCGAGCUUCUGUUCGAUCUGGCACUCGAACGAGUUCAUUCACCGUCUCAAAAUUCCCAAGGAUUGCCAAUUCUGCUACAGAAAGAAGAAGCUGGUCAUGAAGGUUUCCGGCUUCCUGGAAUCCAAGGGACGUUUGUAGUUGAUUCAAAUCAAGCUCUGCGUCAGGAGGAAGUUAAUAAUGCAAGUGCUAUCGAGGUCCUUCUUUUCUGUCUUCUACAGUUCACUAUGACGCUACAGUUGCGGGUUCUCCUACGUUUGAAAGCUAUUGCGAGUGCUAGUCCUCGCAAUCAAGAUGUUCUAAGUGCUGUCGGCUGUGUGGGUCUAUUGUUGGAGGCGAUUCGAAGCAUGUCACCGAAUUCUUCAUCCAUUCUCACAUGCUCUCUGCAGAUUGUGGAGGUACUGGGGUCAUUCAGGCUCUCAACUUCAGAGAUCCGCACUUUGGGGAGGUACAUCUGGCAGAAUCGUGAUGGAUCGGGAGGUCAAAUUGGGAAGAAUAUUCUAGAAACGGUUAAAAGAAUGUGGUCCAUAGACUUCGUUCCUGAGAGUCUCUCUCUCUCUUCCUUUAUUGAAUUUCGCAUGUCACGUGUAGGUCACGCAUGUAUCCGAGUACCCUUGGCUAAUAGAACAUGGCCACCAGCAACUGGCUAUUCAUUUGCUUGCUGGAUUCGUUUUGAGAACCUUAGAAGUCAUGCUUUGACGGCGUCAGAACACAAUUCGACUGGUCGAAAGCUUGACAGUUCAGGUCCUACCAUUCGCAUAUUUUCAGUGUGCACAGCAGAAGAGAAGAGCUCCACCUGUGUGGAGUUGUUUAUGGAUGAUACAGGGGGUUUAAAGUUGGUUACUAGCCCAACCUCAUUUUUAUCCUUUAAAGGUGUUCAUCUAGAGGAGUGCAGGUGGUACCAUUUGGUUGUAGUGCACAACAAGCCAAAUGCUCUGGCAGGACUUUUUCAAUCUAGCUUUGCCUACCUUUAUUUGAACGGAAGAUUAUGCCAUACUGGAAAGCUUGGAUACUCUGCGACCCCUAUUGGGAAACCACUGCAAGUAACCAUUGGGACAACUUCUUCUGAAGCUGAAUUGUGCUCAAUGUCAUGGAGGCUCGGUUCCUGUUAUUUGUAUGAGGAAGUCUUGCCAGCACCUGCAGUUUUCUUUAUGUAUAUCAUGGGAAGAGCUUACCGGGGGUUAUUUCAGGAUCCAAAUAUGAUACGUUUCAUACCUCAGGAAGCUUGGUACCUUGCUGUGUUGGAAAGUUUAGAUAUUGAGCAACAACCGAGUUCUGUUGUUCAGAGAGAAGGAUCUGUCAGGGCAGCAGCGGGUGGUUUGGCGAAGGUAGAAGGGACUGGAAUUGUUUGGGAUAUGGAGAAAUUCGCUAACAUUGCACAACUCUCAGGUCGAAAGCUGAUUUUUGCAUUUGAUGGUACUUUCUUAAAUGCACAUGUAUCUACAGCAGCUGUUAAGAUUGUGAAUCUCGUGGAUUCUACGUCAGCUUGUGCUUCUUUAAAUGGUGGCAUACCUCGCGAUGCAGAGAUGUUUGGUGAUAUUCAUAUUUGCACUCCACUAAACAUUGCUGACAAUAUGCGGAAGGUUGGGGGCGUGGCUGUGGUCCUGGCCAUGGUGGAAGCUGCGGAGUCUUGGGAAAUGCUACACCUAGCUUUGUCCCUGUUACACAGUGUACUGAAAUACAAUCCUCGGAAUGCACGGGAUAUGCAGAAGUGUCAUGGUUAUCAUUUGUUAGCCCUUUUCCUUCACCACCGAAUGAACUACUUCACUGUUGAUAAACGAUGUCUUGACCUUCUAUUCGAAAUUGCUUCUUGCCAAGCUGCAGUUUCAGUGAAACCUCUUUCUGGAGUAGAAAAUCCAGCUUACUUGCAGAGAAUGAUGUCUAUUCAAGAGCCUGUUCGACAAAUUUCUGGGGUGCCCGACUCCAUCACCAAACUUGUUCACAUGGAUUCUGGGAUGGAUUCUGGGUUUGAUGUCUCUAGUAAUCCUUCUAAAUUCGAUGAUCAGGUUUCAUCUUAUGAUUCUAUUUUUGAUACUGCUGAAAGUUUUGGAAUCCCCGAGAGUUCCACGGGGCCAGGAAUUUCUGAUAUUGGGGUGGUUGACGCAAGCAUUGGGGAUGUUGACGAUUGCCGUAUACUAUCUAAUCCUGAUAUUAUGGUUCACGUUUUCUUAGACUGGACGCUUUGGUCCAGUCCAAAGUGUCCUCUUGCUACACAACUGGCUGUAAUGGCGUUUAUUGGUCGUUUAGUAUCCACAAAGCGUUACCGGAAACACAACAUGACAGUCCUCCGGAGGCUUAAUCUCAUGCACCAUUUGCUGGAGUUAUUGCAACGAGAUGUAGAAACGCCAGUAUUUGAGGCUGCUGUUGAGAUUCUUAAGUUGAUCUUGCAAGACGGAUUCGUUUCAUCAGAACUUCAGGUGGUGGCAGAUUUUGUGGUGAUGACAUUUGAUCCCUCGACAUUAGUUGAAGGCACUCCUAUUGUCUCACGUGAGCACUCUAAGACCAACCAGGUGAAAGUCAGGAACAUGUUACUAGACAAACUGAUUGAUCUACAGUAUUUUCUCAAGUCUGACGAGGUUAAGCUUGAGGAAUGGAACAGAAUUGUGUCCACGAAAGUGAUAACAUUCCUUUUGGAUGAGGCUGUGCACCAUGAUAGUAUGGUGCGAGUAAUUACAUUACUAGGUCUUUGUCUAGCAACAUCAGCUACAUUCGCAGCCAAAUUUAAGAGUACAGGAGGAUACCAACACGUAACACGUGUAAUGCCUAGUUUCUUCGACUCUCCCGACAUUUAUUUCAUUCUCUUCAGGCUUGUGUUUAAUCAGUCCGUGUACCCCAGGCAACCGGAAGUGCGAAUGCUAGAUUUUCAUGCCCUGCUACCUGGUGAUGGGAAAUCUGGAGAAAUUUCCUUUCCAGAGUUGCUGGAGGCAGUUAUAGCCAUGUGCAGGGCUGCUUUCAAUAGAGUAAGCAAACAGUCUCUAACAGCCCAACAAUCUGGAAAUUUUUCCGAAUUGGCAUCCUUGGCUCGGAGCUAUUCUGAUGUGACGGAAGAUGCUGGAGAAGCUUUACAGGGCGAGGCUCUGUUGCACAAAACGUAUGCUGCACGGCUCAUGGGCGGAGAGGCCGCUGCACCUGCAUUGAUAACAUCAAUAUUGCGGUUUAUGGUCGAUCUAGCCAAAAUGUGUCAUCCCUUUUCCCUCGCAUGCAGGCGCAUGGAUAUUUUGGAGUCUUUUGUUGAUCUCUACUUCUCUUGUGCGAGAUCUGCUGGUGCAGUUCAAUCUGCUCAGGAAGCUUUGGCUCAAACACAGCAAUCGGAACAAGGGGAAGAUUUUGCUUACGCUGAUGAUACUUUGCAUUUGGAUGUUAAUGAAUCUGACUACCAGAAGGCGAAUGGAUUGAGUGAUCACGAAGUGAAAUUAAAUAAAGGAAUUUCUGGUGAUAUCGCGGCACGUGCUUUCUCAGACUUUCCCAUAGAAACAAUUCACAACUUGUUUUAUGACACUAAUAUGGAGGUUCUCGCAUCUUCGCCCAAAUAUGAUGGACAGACAUCCGGACUUUCGUCUCCAUCUACUCGUGAUGUGGAGUGUUCACCCAGAUGGGGUCGGGUUGACUCUCCAACUCCUUCUCAUGCUUCAAGCUCUGUGGCCAUUCCCCAGGCUCAGGAUAUUCCUUCCUCGUCAGCAGGGUCGUUUUACGAAGCUUCUAACGAGGCUUUCUCUCGGCUUCGGACAUUUUCAUCCUUUGCGGGUCCAUAUAUCUCCCUCAGCGAAGCGGGUUCAAGCUCACGACAUAGAGCAUCUACAUUUUUUUCUUCCACUCCUCGCAGUGAUGUGGACUCUUUCUACAGUGAGUUCGGAGUGGCUUCGUCAGGACGUUUUACUCCCAGGGACAGCUCAGAUGCAAUUGUGACACCGAAGUUAUUAAUGCAACUAGAAUGUAUGAGAUCUUCCGGAGGCUCCUGCGCUGCAGGUGCAGCUGCAAUUCUAGACCUGAUUGCGGAGGUCUUGGCAGACACCUUAACUGAGCAGGUGAAAGGGAUGGCUCUUGUUGAGGCUGCCAUAGAGGCUGUUCCAACUUUUGCUGGUUUGGAUACCAUGCUCGUUUUUCAGGGUCUCUGUCUUGGUCGGAUGAUAAAUUUCCUUGAGCGGAGAUUGCUACGAGAUGAAGAAGAGCAUGCAAAAAAGCUUGACAAGAACAGAUGGGCACCGAACCUUGAUACAUUGAGUUGGCUUUUGGUCGACCGUAUGUUUAUGGGAGCCUUUUCGGAUCCGGGGGGCGCCAUUAAGGUUCUAGAGUUCCUUCUUGCAAUGCUCCAACUGGCCAAUGCAGAUGGGCGUGUUGAAGAGGCAGUACCUGCCGGGAAGGGCCUACUCGCACUUGCAAGAGGGGGAGGUCGUCAAUUGGAGCCUUAUGUACAAGCCCUUUUGAAAAAUACAAAUCGCAUGAUAAUGUACUGUUUGUUGCCUAGCUCACCUUCAGACGGAUUUGGGGAAGACUCCUUAUCUACGUCUUUCCGACGAAGUUCAGAUAGUCUUCUUCGUAGCUUUGACAGCCUACGUCAUACCGCUGAGGGAGGUUCUGGAGAAUCGGGGGUUAGCUCGCAGGAAAUUGACAAAGCGACUGUCUUGCAGCUAAUUCUUGCAAACAAGAAGCUGGUUUUUUGUGCAAGUAACGUGGACGCAGAGCUGUUGUGUGCACUUUGUUGGAAUGUUACACCUCUUCUCUGGGACCCUGAGCCAAGUACACGUAACUUAGCAGUAGAUGUUUGGAGGGCGCUUGUGACGUAUCGAAGCUCUGCUCUUGAAGAUAUCCUGAUUUGGAGAGGAACGCAGGGUGCGUUGAACGUCGAUGUGCUGCACAAUGGCUUCAAUCUUCUACUCACGGUGGGUUCUAAAGCAUUCUAUGAGUGGAUUGAAGACAACUAUGAAAAAGUACGCAAGGUUCUUGAGCAACGGGCAGCUGUUGUUUGGAAAGAGUAUGUGCAAGGUGCCUCACGCUUUCCAGGGGUUAGAAUCAAACCCUUAGAGGGGCGACGGAAGAGGGAAAUGACUCGUCGUUCGAGAGAUAUAUCAAAGAUUGACCAUUCACAUCGUGAGCAAGUUGCCAAAAGCCGUAGUGGGCUUGCGCAAGUGCGGGAAUCUAUUGCAGCUGAGCUGCGAAUGCUGCGACAAGACAAGUACAGUUGGAUACUCCAUUCUGAAAGUGAGUGGGCAGAACAGAUUCAACAAUUGGUUCAUGAACGUGGUCUUUGGCCAAUGACAGCAGCUAAUGGAAAACCCAAUUGGCAAUUGUGUGCAACCGAGGGUCCUUUUCGCAUGCGAAAGAAGCUGGAGCGACAGAAAAUAAAUCAGAUCGACAUAUAUCAAACCCGCCUCGAGGGAGAAGAUACUCCUGGACCUGAGUAUUGUCGACGAGAUAGCUUGGAAAAGGAAGCAACCCCACCUCCCUUGUCUAUGGAUCACCUUAUAAUCCCUCUUAGCAAGGACUUUAAUAUGGCCAUGGAGGAAGAGGAGUAUCAAUCAAAAGCUGAGGGUGUGGAUGACGAUAGAGACUCUUCGUAUGCACUAGGUCAGCGGGUUGAUGAUCAACGUAGUAAUAGUGCCAUUCAAGAAUCUCAGAUCCCUGAUCGCGGUCGAAGUGAAAGAGGAAGUCAAGCAGGUGGAAAGGAGGUUCUGGAGUCUCCGCGUGAUUCGAAAGAUAACGAACCUAUUAUGGAUGCUCAGAAUACGAAAGUUGCUGCUCUAGAGGAUGGGGAGUAUUUGAUACGGCCCUUUUUAGAACCUGGCGAGAAGCUGAAGUUCCGGUACAACUGUGAACGAGUUCUUGGGCUGGAGAAACGAGACGGUAUCUUUUUAAUUGGAGAGCAGUGCCUCUACAUGAUUGAUAACUACUUCAUUGAUGAAGAAGAUGGUUGUAUCAAGGAGAAAGGAGAUGAAGGGGACAUAUCCGUGAUCGACAAGGCACUGGGUGUCUCAAUGGUUGGAUCAAACGAUUCUCAAGAUGGGAUGAAGCAAUCAUCUGGAAGUAUUGCUGAAUCAGGGCCUAUUAGUUGGGCUGGUGGUCGGGCGUGGGCAUAUGAUGGAGGUGCUUGGGGGAAGGAGAAGGUUCGAGCUGGUCCCAACUUGCGUCGAAGAUGGCGCACGUGGAAGUUGGAUAGUGUGCAUGAGCUUCUGAAGAGGCAGUAUCAGCUCCGUCCAGUGGCCAUUGAGCUUUUCAGUGUGAAUGGCUCUAAUGACUUACUUGUCUUCCACAAGAAUGAGCGUGAUGAAGUCUUCAAGAAUCUACUGGCUCAGAAUCUUCCCCGGAACAGCAUGUUGGAUACUACUAUUUCUGGUGCCUCCAAGCAAGAGGGCAAUGAAGGGGGAAGACUUUUCAAGAUUCUCGCAAGAUCUUUCAGUAAGAGGUGGCAAAAUGGAGAAAUUAGUAACUUUCAAUAUCUCAUGCACUUGAACACACUAGCUGGCAGAGGAUACAAUGACCUCACGCAAUAUCCCGUUUUCCCCUGGAUCCUUGCUGAUUAUGAAAGCGAGGAGCUAGACUUGUCGAAGCCAGAGACUUUCCGAUGCCUAGAGAAACCCAUGGGUGCCCUCCAUCCACCUCGGGAGGAAUCUUUUAAGACAAGGUACGAAAAUUGGGAUGAUUCUGAUAUACCAAGGUUUCAUUACGGAAGUCAUUAUUCAAGUGCAGGAAUUGUGCUGUUCUAUCUCAUCCGUCUCCCUCCUUUUAGUUGGGAGAAUAUGAAGCUUCAGGGUGGGGAGUUUGAUCAUGCUGACCGCCUGUUUAGCAGCCUGCUAGACACAUGGCUUAGUGCCAGUCAAGGCAACACUGCAGAUGUUAAAGAACUUAUUCCAGAAUUCUUUUACCUGCCUGAGUUUUUGGAAAAUCAGUUUAACUUCGAUCUUGGUAUGACACAAUCGGGAGAAAAGGUUGAUCACGUGCAGUUGCCACCUUGGGCUAAAGGCAGUGCAAGAGAAUUUAUUCGUAAGCAUCGUGAAGCACUGGAAUCUCAAUAUGUGUCAGAGAACCUACACCACUGGAUUGAUCUUAUCUUCGGUUAUAAGCAACGCGGCAAGGCCGCUGUUGAGGCUACGAACGUGUUUUAUCAUCUGACUUACGAAGGUGCAGUCAACAUCGACAGUGUCACUGACUCAGCUAUGAAAGCUGCUAUACUCGCUCAAAUCAACCACUUUGGCCAGACUCCUCGCCAGCUUUUUCCCAAGCCUCACCCUAAGCGGAAAUGGGUUCCAAGACCUGCUGUUACACUUGUUCCGUAUUCCAACCACACGAUUGUUCCCCAGGAAAUACGCAUGAUGGGAUCAAGGGUGUCUCAGAUCCUAUUAUAUCAAAAUACACCAUUUAUCGCUAUCAAAAAUAGGGUUUUGCGACCACCCACAUAUGACAAGUAUGUCGCAUGGGGCUUCCCCGAUCGCAGUCUGCGGCUCAUGUCUUAUGACCAAGACAAGGUCCUCUCAACUCAUGAAAACCUUCAUGAUGAUGGGCCCGUAACAUGUGCAGGCUUCAGCAGGGAUGGCCAAAUUCUUGUCACAGGUGGGGAGGACGGAGUGGUAGCAGUAUGGCGGUUUAUAGCUCCAAUGAACAACAGUUCACCACUUCAACUGCAACGAGCUUUGUGUGCUCAUACACAAGCUGUGACUUGCUUAGCAGUCUCCCAGUCAUACAGUCUUGUGGUGAGUGCGUCUAAGGAUCGGACCAUUAUUUUCUGGGACUUGACUAGUCUCGAGUAUGUUCGCCAACUGCCAGAGCUGCCUACGCCGGCGACUUCCCUUCAUAUAAAUGACAUGAGCGGUGAAGUGGUGACUGCUGUGGGCUUAAUUUUGACAGUGUGGAGCAUCAACGGUGACUGUUUAGCUGCUGUAAAUACCUCCCAUGCCUACUCAGAUUUAAUUCUCUCCAUCACAAGUCCACAAGUUCCGGAAUGGACAGAGGCUGGCUGGUAUAUAACUGGGCAUCAGUCGGGGAUGAUCCGGCUGUGGUGUAUGCAGUUCGAUAGUCAUUCAAGUAGUAACAGGAUGACUCUGUUGCGCACAAAGUGUGAUCCGCUCACAACCCCAGGAAAAGCAGGGAACAAGGCACGGACAAGUUGGUUCACUUUGCCAGCCUCUUCAGGAAUCAAAAGGAUGAAUUCCGGUGUAGAGGUUACAGAGGAUUCUACCAAAUUUUGUAUAACUGGUGGGACACCGGAAUACCAGCUUACUCUUAUUAAAGUGCUAACGUGGCAUAAGGAACCUGUCACAGCACUUUGUCUUGGUAAUGAUUUGAAGCAGCUGUGCAGUGGUGAUAGUGGGGGUCAUGUAGUCUCAUGGACCUUGCUGGACGACGUUUCCAAGAGCCCGCCUCUGCUAGUUUCACAGUCGGACACAUGCAAUUCUUGUCAGAUACAAAUCAUGGCAAGCGACACCAGACAUCACUGCAAAAAUUGUGGUCAGGUUCUAUGCUUUAAUUGUGCUUAUUCUUAUGAACUUCCUCUAGAAGAUCUAGGACACUUUCUACCUGUUCGGAUUUGCGAGAGAUGCUACCAAACACGAAAGGCUUCCCAACCACUUGCGACCAAGGGAACCGCGGAUCCAGAAGAGGUAGUGACGGAAGGAUCAUUUUUACUCAAGUCUGCUAAUUAUAAUCGGUCCGAAAGUAGCAAAUUUUAGUAGGAAUUUCACUGGGAGUUUGGAUUGGAAACCCCAUUAAUCACCUGUACAGAGUUACAGCUAUGUGUGACGAUGAAGGACAAACUCUUGGCAGCUUUAGGCUUUAGAUUCUGCUACGAGGUUCAGUUUUAUAAGAAUGAAUGCGAGUCCAAACACUUCUUGAAAAUUGAAGUUAUUUUUAUAUAUAGGUAAAUUAGGGUUGCAAUUUUUGUCGCAUUCUAUUGGUCAUUACUUUGGUUAUUGAUGGUCCUGUGGGCUUUGUGAAUGACAACAUCAUGAAUGUUUCUGUUGUAGACCAGUUCCUUAAUGUACACAUUUGAAACAAUUUUGUCUGAAUAAAGUUGAAUUCGUGGCCUAUAUUUGGUACGAAAGAGGUGAUC